AUGCUGUACUGCUUCUGUGGAUGCGUUAUGGCUAAUCUAGAUAAAGGUUCUACUGGUAUUCCUGGUGCCCCUGGAUUUGGUGGAGUGCCUGGUGGUCUUCAUCCUAAUCCUUCACAUCCCCAACCUGGUGUUGUGGGUGCUUGGCCUGGUGUUGGUAUGCCUCAUAAUAAUGUAGGACUCCAACCCGCUAUUCCUGGUUAUAAUGGUAAGCCUGGAAUUCCUCCUGUUGUUAAAAUGCCUCCUGUUAAGUCUUCUCCUGUUGUGGGUGUUCCUCUUGGUCCACAGCAUGCGUCUCACUCUGCCUCUGCUGGUCCUCAGGGUCUUUGUGGUACUCCUGGUGUGCCUGGUUCUUGUCCUGUUGUUGGUGUUCCUGGUACUCAU